AUUGUGGGUCAUCUGAUUUGCUGGAAAAUACUACAGCACUUUGUUGCGUUACACUACAAACUAUCCAGAUCAAAUGUCCAUAUUACCCUCAAACUCCAAUAUAUAAGAGACUUGACACUCUUAAACUGACUAAGAGAACCACCAGUCACCUGAAAACUUCCACAUCAGCCGCCAUUCUCUUCUCUUCUCGUCUGACGAAGGAGAGGAGAUGGAGGUGAAGAGGGCGGCCACCAUUGCCGCCCUUUGCAUGCUCCUCAUCAUGUCAGUGCCAUCCCAGCAGCGGGUGGCCGCCAUGUCCUUCUGCGACUGUUACUGGCAGUGCUACCCCGGGUGCAGGCAGAGCGUCCCUUGGUGGCUCUGCAACGUCAACUGUGCUGGCAACUGCGACGUCGGCGACAGGGAGGACUCCCUUGCCGCGUGCAUCAUGGUCUGCAGCACGGACUCCGUCUGCGGCCCGGUGGUGGCACCAACCUAUGCACAAGGUGUUGCGGAUUGUAUAGCUGAGUGCAACAAGAGGUGGGGGCAAUAAUUAACGCCAAGUAACCUUCAAAAUAAAGAGCUGAAGAAACUGUGUAGGCAGAUUGAACGUCUGUCACUGCUGAAUCAAUCAAUAAAAUGUGAUGCGCGUGCGUCGGUGCCA